AUGAGCAGCAUGUCGUCGGCCCGUAUGCUCUCGCGCUCGCUCGCCGCUGCGACAUCCCGCCUCUCCGCAGCACGGCGCAUCCACAGCCUGGCACGCCCGCAGGCUUCUGGUCUGCCGCGCAGCACCGACUCGACACACCACGCGGUGGUCAGCACAUUUGAUUUGUUUUCCAUUGGCGUGGGACCCUCGUCAAGCCACACCGUCGGCCCAAUGAGAGCCGGCAAGAUCUUUGUGCAGGACCUGGUCGACCACAAGAUCCUGGACAAGGUCGCCAGCAUCAAGGCCGAUCUGUACGGGUCUCUGGCGCUGACCGGCAUUGGCCACGGCACGCCCAACGCCACGUUGAUGGGCCUUGAGGGAGAGCUGCCCGAGACCGUACCGACCGAGACCAUCAUCCCGCGUGUCGAGGCAAUGCACGAGACCCACACAAUCACCCUCAACGGCACGCAUCGCAUCCGGUUCAACCCUGACAAGGAUCUGACUCUGCACUACUACGAGUCGCUGCCGCAGCACCCGAACGGCAUGCGCUUCACUGUCUUUGAUGCCAACGGCGACAUGCUGGCCACCAACGAGUACUUUAGCAUUGGCGGCGGCUUCGUCGUCAACGAGAAGACCCAAGUCGCCCACGGCGAGAACGUGUUCUUCCGCAACACCGAGUCGCAGGCCGAGACCUCCUCGCACGAGGUUGACGAGCGCACCCAGCAGGAUCUGGUUACCGCUGCUCUGCCCUUCCGCUCGGGCAAGGACCUGAUUGAGAUGUGUGAGCGCGAGAACCUGUCGAUUGCCGAGGUUGUGUUCCUGAACGAGCUGCAGUGGAGGAGCCGCGAGGAGGUCAUCGACUCGGCGUACCGGAUCUGGGGCGUCAUGGACGACUCGAUCCGCCGCGGCUGUCUGUCCACCGACCGCCAGCUGCCAGGGCCGCCUCAAUGUCCGGCGCCCGCACAGCGCAACGAGCUGACAGGCGUGUUCAAGCGUCGCCAGCGUGCUCGCCGCCCUGUGCUCCCUCAGCUCGACUACCUGUCUGUCUACGCCAUUGCCGUGAAUGAGGAGAACGCUGCUGGUGGCCGCGUUGUCACUGCGCCGACCAACGGAGCUGCAGGCGUCAUUCCGGCUGUCCUGAAGUACCACCUCGAGUUCCUGAGCGAGGAUCCCCGCGGUGCCUCGAUCAGCGCCGCCGAGAUGGGCUGCCAGGGCGAGGUCGCUGCUGCUGCCUUUGCUGCUGUCAUGGGCGGCACACCGCGCCAGGUCGAGAAUGCCGCCGAGAUCGGCAUGGAGCACAACCUGGGCCUGACCUGCGAUCCUGUCGACGGCCUGGUGCAGAUUCCGUGCAUUGAGCGCAAUGCCCUUGGCGCCGUCAAGGCCGUCACGGCCGCGCAGCUCGCCCUGCAGGGGGAUGGCCAUCAUCGCGUUACCCUUGACCAGGUCAUUGAGACUAUGCGCCAGACCGGCCAGGACAUGAUGAGCAAGUACAAGGAGACAUCGCAGGGCGGCCUUGCAGUCAAUGUCCCUGUGUGCUGAUAAGUGGUAGGCUUUCUCCGCAUUUCACUGUUUGUAACUUGAUAUUGGUACCCUCUUUCGCAU